GAUGCCCCAACCCAGGGCACUGAUGCCUGUGGUGGGAGAAGAUCAGAGCUGGGGGUGUCCCUCUCUGUCCCCUCUCAGGGCCCAUUGGAGGCCCCAGCACAGAAGCCAAGAGCACUGAACCCCACGUCCCACCCCACAGGGUAUCAGUGCGCCAGGGACCCCCAUGCCUGGGGCAGCCCCCACUAUAGCACUCACCUGCCAGUCCAUACAUCAGCUGGACCUUGUGGCUCUCCUUAAUGCUCAUGGGUACGAUGAGGACCUGGGAGAGGCCUGGGCCAAGAGCCGGGAGCUGGGAUCCCCACUCUAUCCUGGGUGACAGCCCCCACCUCCCUCCAGCACAUGGCUGUCCUGCCCUGUGCCCAUCCCCAUGGCAUCAGGGCAGUGUCCCCCAAGAGCUGAGCGAUGACCACCACCUAUCCCAGCCUUGCCUCCCCAACCCAUACCCACAGGCCUUUAGCCCCACACUGCCCUCAUGCCCUAGGCAGACUGACCUAGGGCGAGGCAGCCCCCAAUGCUGGCGCCCAGCAGGAACUUGCUGGGGCGGAACUGGUCCGGGUGGCUCCAGAGGAAGCAGGCACAGCAGGCGGGCAGCAAGCGGCACACGGCAUGCUUCAAGGCUGUGUGCAUGGGGGGUCAGUGCCAGGGCCCCCACUCCAGAGCUGAGGUGGGGAGUUGGGGGAGGGUACUGACUUGUAUUGGGUGGUUUCCGCCUUGGCCUUCCCGGUGCGGCUGGCGAUGCCAUGGUGCUACGUGGCCAGUGAUGCCGUCUCCCGGCAACAGGCCAUGAUGCCACAUGCGUGGAACCUGCCCCAUUGUGAUGUGGUGCAGGAGCAGCCCCACACCCAGCACCAGCUGUGCCCACUACCUGCCCCAGCCCAACAGGUGCCAACGCUGAGCUGGUAGGAGCCAGUGGGAUGGUGCCAGCCUGGGGCCGGGGGAGCCAAGGCAGGGAGGCCUCUGGGGCAGCUGCUGUGGGGCUUGGUCCCAGCUGCCUCUCAUCUCUCCCAGCCCAGGCCUUGCUGCAGAGCAGAAACCGAUGCCACGACGCUGCCACAUGGGUCUGGUCUCCCGCCUCCUCAGGGCCCUGGUGCCCAGGGGUCGGGGAGCAGGCAGGCACCAGUGGCCCAGGGACCCGGUGGAGGAGAGCCUGGUGCGCAGCGUAGUGCGCAGCAUGGGUGGCUUCCUCUUGGGCAUGGCCCUGGCCAGCCUGUAUGGGGCCAUGGUGCUGCUGGCGCAGAGCUACAGCAUCUGGUACUGCCUGGCCUCUACCGUCAGCCUGGGCAUGGGACUGGGGCUGGGCAUGGCCUUCUCUAGCAAGGUGCGGCUUACUGUGCUGCUGGGCCUGCCCCAUGUCUUCUCCAGUAAGCGCCACAAGGCCCUGUGCCCACCCCCAACCACACACGGGGUUGGCCUCAUGCUGCAGAACUGCCCUGGCAGGCACAUGGGCCAGCCCCUACCCCAGCCUGCAGUGAGUCCUGCACGGCCCUGGCACUGCACCCUGCACCCCCUGCUCCCAUCUAGAGGACCCUGGGCUUGGCACAGGCCCGGGCCCACCCCUGCCUUUCACUCACCUGGUACCUCCCACCCAUGCCCUGCAGAGGAGGCGAAGGGGCUGCUGCUGGUGCUGGCGAUGGGCAUGGCCAUGCAGGGUCCCUGUGCCAACAUUGUGCGUAACUUCACCCGUGCCAGCGAGGCUGUGUCAUGCGGCGCCGAGCUCGCUCUCAACCAAACAGCCGAGAUGCUACAGCGGGCACGGGAGCCACUGCUCAGUGCGCUGAACAAGAUCAAGGCCAUCGCCCAGAAGGCCAAGGUAGUGGGAGACCGCGUGCGCAAGUUCUUCCACUCUGUCAUGGACUCAGUGCGGCAUGUUGCCCGGGUCCUGCGCAACGUGUGGCGCUGGCUGCUGGGCAUAGGUGAGCUCUGCAACCAGGAGCUGGGCACACCAUACCGCCGCUGCCUGCGGGUCUUCGAUGAUGCCAAGGACCGGUGCGAGCGUGCCAUCCCCGCCCUCUAUUUCCUCUGCUACAUCGUCCUCGUCUUCAAGCCCCUUUGUGGCGUGGCCAACUUGCUGCUCGUCUUUUGUAUCAUCCCCUGGUACAUCCAGCCCUUCCUGCGCAAGAGAGUUGCUGCCCCUGUGCUGAAGGUGCUGAACCGGGUGCGUCAGGAGUUCGAGUUCAACAUCUCAGCCGUGCACCAGUUUGACGUGAGCCUCAACGCCACGCGCAGCCUAGCCGAGGUGGCGCGGGACCUCAUGGAGGCUGUGAGCCAGCGGCUGCAGCCGGCCCGUGAGCUGCUCGGCUUCUUUGCCCAUGCCUCCGUUUGUGUCGGCCUCUACCUCUACCUGCAGGCCCUGUGGUACCGGCGCCAGUACCUGCGCAACGACACCUUCGACAACAUCUACAUCACACAGCGCUUUGUGGCCAUGGACAUGCUGCGGGCACGGCAGGGCCGCCCCACCGUCCUGCCCCUGACAGCAUGGGAAAGCACCAAAUACAUCCGUCCUGGUGAGGUCGGGGUCAGUGGUGAGCGCAGGGGGCACUGGCCAUGUCUGUCUCCCACCCUCACUGUGGCCCUCCCUGGAACAGGCUCUCUGAUCCUGUCUCGCCGGGAGCGACGUGGGUACGGGCUGGCGCUAGUCCGCGUCCUGCGCCAUGUGCUCCUGGGCCUCAGCCUUAUCCUGCUAGACUAUGGCGUGUUCUGGCUGCUUGACCUGGUGCAGCACCAGCUGCAGGGCGAGGUGGUCGCCAGGGCACCGGUGCUGGCCAGCAUUGAGGUGAAGGGCUCAGGUUAUGCCAGUGAGAUCUACCGCAACCUGGUCUCAGCCUUCGAUGUCCUGCAGCGUGGUAACAUCAGCGUGCUGAGCCGCCGGUGCCGCCUGCGCCCCGCCGAGCCCAACUACCAGGCCUACCGCUUCAUCGGGCUUCUGUAUGGCGUGUGCUGCUUCACUGCUGUCUUCGGCAGCUACGUCGGACGUGUGCGCAGGGCCCUGUGUGCCUGGUACUACCCCUUCCGUGAACAGGAACGAACCUGCUUCCUCUACAACAACAUCCUGACACGGCGUGAGGGGCUGGCGCGGGCCCUGUGCCGGGCAGUCCAGCAGCGCGCAGCUGAUGGGGGCCACAUGCACCCACUCCUCAUCCUCGCCUCCAGACUGCGGCCGUGCGCCUGGCUGGUGCAGAUGCUUGGCAUCCACCAGCAGUACUGCCUAGGCUGUGGGCGCGUCACCCAGCCCGACCUCAUUGCCUGCAUGACGCCCAGUUGCAGAGGAGUCUACUGCCAAGAGUGCCACCAGGCGCUGAACAACAUCUGCUCCAUCUGCAUGGCGCCCCUCUGCUACCAGGGUGAUGGCAAUGAGGAGAUUGACUCCAGCGAUGAGGAAGCCGUGAGGCUGUGGCUGGGGGCUGCGAGGACACUACGUGGGCAGCAGCAGGAGCAGAGACACCGGCUGCGGCAGCUGCUGCGACGCCGGAUCCGGUGCUGGGUGCAGGGCCGCAGGGCUGGCCGGCGACUGCCCCGGGAGCUGGCCCAGUGGGCGCAGGUGCAGCUGGAGGAGGACAGGAGCGGGGGCAGCGAGGAUGGAUCCUCCAGCCCCAGGGCCGUGAACGAGGGCAGCUCUGGUUCCACUUCUGACUCCAGCCUGGACUUCAGCUACCAGGACCAGUCCGAGGGCAGUGAUGGGAGCGCGGGGUCUGUGCCCAGCCCAGGCACCCCCAAGCACGGUGUGCCGGAGAUGCCAGCCACGUUGAAGGAGGCCGCACCAGGACCUGACCCCUGAGGGAUCCCUGGGCCCAGCUCAGCACCACAGUCAAGGGCCAAAGACCAAACACCCAGACUCCAGGCACCAGCCUGAGCACCAGCCCCAUGGUCCGCAGAUGAAGUGGGGCCCGGAUGAGGCAAUAAAACAGCCCUGGGGCCUGGCAGUGCUACACAGUGAACCUGUGUCCCAUGAGGGGUUGCACAAGGGUCCAAUGCUUCCAUGUCCCACUGCUCCCUGCAUCCUCCACGGGCUGCUGAUUCCCUCAGGGUA